ACUCUCUCCACCAUCUCACUUGUAAACGCUCUUGCUAAACUACCUUUCCAGACAUCUCUCUACUUCCUUUUGUUGCUGUAUAUUGUGAUCCUUAAACCGUCAGAAAAUGAAGCUCGUCUUUGCAAUUUUCCUGCUUGUGUGUUUUGCCCUCAUCAGCUCCUCUUUCUUUCAGACCACGGAAGCUGGUUCAAGCUUCUGUGACUCAAAGUGCGGGGAAAGGUGCGCAAAGGCAGGAGUGCAGGAGCGGUGCUUGAAGUACUGCGGUAUUUGCUGUGAGAAAUGCCAGUGUGUUCCAUCUGGGACUUAUGGAAACAAGCAUGAAUGCGCUUGCUACAGGGACCUCAAGAACUCCAAGGGCAAAUCCAAGUGCCCUUGAAAUCGAUCUCUCUGCAUGCACCACCAGCUAGCUUGACUAUUAAUGUUUAUUUCUUGUGGGAUUUUGAGUGAUGGAACCGUUCGUUCAAACGAUUAAUCACUGUUAAUAUCCAGAGCCAGAGGGAAAGAAAAAUGCAGUGUUUUACAGACAUUUAGGUAAUAGAAAUUGGAAUAAUAUGGAAUGCAUUAAAUAAAUAUAGGGUCCCAUGCAUGCAGAUUGGCCAAUUGUGUCUUUGUGAACGUGAUUUGUCCCAUUAUGCUUGUUGGAAAAUUGUCGUGUAUUUUGUGCUA